AUGGAUAAUCCCGAUAACACCCAUUACUGCAACCUCCAAGGCAGUACUGAGGGCCAAAGGGAGUUAGACAAUGCCCAGGCUACAAUGGCCGUGGUAGGUGAGGAGGAAGCCACUCCCACCUCAAAGGAGGUGUAUGGUAGUGGAAUACCAAGUCCUCCCCAGAGUCCUCAGAGAGCCUCCUCUCCCCCUGUGUCACUGGACUCCAUUCCUGAAGGCCCAUCUGAGGAAGCUUCCACCAGCCAAGGAGAGGAGCUGGAAGACCCAAUGCGUAUGUUGUACAAUGCACAGUACAUAAAGGUGUAUGACUUGGUGGACUUUCUGCUUUUCAAAUAUCAAAUGAAGGCAUUCACUACCAAAGCAGAAAUGCUGGAAAGUAUUGGUAGAGAGUACGAUGCGUACUACCCUCUGAUAUUUAGUGAGGCCUCUGAGUGCUUAAAACUGGUCUUUGGCAUUGACAUGAUAGAAGUGGACCCAUUUGUCCACUCCUACAUCCUUGUCACUGCCCUGGGGCUCACCUAUGAUGGAAUGCUGACUAAUGUCCAGGGUAAGCCCAAGACAGGUCUCCUCAUAGUUGUACUUGGUGUCAUUUUCAUGAAGGGAAACUGUGUCAGUGAGGAGAUUAUCUGGAAAAUGCUGAAUAACAUAGGGUUGCGUGGUGGGAGGGAUCCUUACAUACAUCAAGACCCCAGGAAGCUCAUCUCUGAGGAGUUUGUGCAGGAAGGGUACCUGGAAUACAGGCAGGUGCCUAAUAGUGAUCCUCUUAGCUAUGAGUUCCUAUGGGGCCCAAGGGCCUUUGCAGAAACCACCAAAAUGAAAGUCUUAGAGUUUUUUGCCAGCAUUGCUAAGAUUGAUCCCAGAGCCUACACUGAAAGGUAUGCAGAGGCUUUGAGAGAUGAGCUAGAGAGGGCCCAGGCCAGGACCGCCCAGCAGAUGGUACCUCUGCUCUGA